ACCACCGGACAAUCUUACAAUGUACGCACGCAUACGACAUGACAGUAUAGGCCUAUAACAUAAAAUAAUAAUAAAACAAAACUUACUGGAUCAAUGUCGUCUAUAGUGUUGUCUUGUCAUUCAUUCAUUGACGACAAUGAACGAUUUGAUUUGCAAUAAAGUCAUACAUGCUGGAACCUCGCGAGUAAGCUAGGUCGCUUAUUUGAUGGUUUCUUGCUUCUUAAUGCACAUGCACGUCUUCAAAUGGCGCCGCUUUAUUUUCACUCAGUUGGUGUUACCUGCGCCAUUUUCAUUGCUUUGACUAUGUACGCUGUUUCAGUAAACGGGAUCCCGCUUCUCAGCGAUGGCGCCCUAACUGAUGAAAUUAACGUACAAAAUCGCAUUACUACUGCUAUCGACAGCGUUCUAAGCCUUAUCUCCAGAGUGGGGAAUCAUCCUCCGUUUCCAUCCAACGGGUCAUUCAAUCGUCACAUGGCGUGCCGGGGGUGCAAGCAGAUUAUUGCUGAUGUUCGGUUUGCACUCCUUAUAGAGCAGGGUUCGAUAGCAUCGUAUCUCACGGACCAAUGCUUGUUAUUAUUCCCUAACAAGACACUGGACACCCAUGACUGUACUCUUCUGAUCGGGACUUAUAUCGGCGACAUUUUUCAAAUCGUCUACCAAUCUCUGGAUCAGAUUCGCAUCUGUCAAAACUUCCUUCACUUGUGCCCUGCUAACGGAGAGGAUAACUUUGAUACAACAGAAAAUGAAAUACCGGUGGAGGGCUUUCCAGUUGGAGAAGAUCGGAAAUCAACCUUAUUCGACGACACCAUCAGUCGUAUCUUCAAUGAAACCAGGAACGAGGUAGGCCUAUUCAAUGGAAUCAUCGACUGGCAAGUAGCUUGUCGCGCAUGUAAGCAGUUCAUAAUCGAUGCCCGAUUCGCAAUGAUCAUCGAAAAAACUUCAAUAUCUACUUUUUUCACUGAUAAGUGCAAUGAUGUGUUCUCUGACAAGACUGAUAUUCAUGAUUGCAACUUGGUGAUUGAGCAAAAGGUGGAUAAGAUCUAUUCGGACAUCUUAGACAGGCUGAAUGCCCAGAAGAUAUGCCGGGACACGAUUCAUUUGUGUCCUGCAAUGGAUGGAGAUGAUGAUAUAGUCAAUGACAUACCCAACGACAUAAUGGAAUAGAAUCGUUGAUCAAUUAUAAUUGCAAGUGACUUUGCCAACACAUCCGGUUAUGCAGGAUGUAUGCGUCUAAUUUAUGUACACACACUGUAAAAACUGUGGUGUUAAAACUGACACCAAUUGGUGUUAAUAGAGGACCACACCCUGAGGUGUUAAAAUUACACCCUAGAGAUUGAACAUAACACCAAAGAGUGUAAAUGUAACAACCAUAGGUGUUGUAAUAACACCUAUAGGUGUAAAACUAACACCACCAAUUUAACACCGGUGUAAAAUAACUGGUGUGGUCCUCUAUGUACACCGGUUAACACCACAGUUUUUGCUGUGAAGGGUCUGCUGCAUUUUAUAUAUUACAAAAUAGUGACGUGGAUAGCUAAUCCAAUGAUUGGCCGAAGCUUAUCACGUGACCAGUCAGAUAACAUUUACUAAUGACUGAUACUAAUGACCAGGGUCCGGUAACACAAAGGUUUGCGAUUAAUCGUGCGCUUGAUUUUUAUGAUUGAUUGUACAUUGUGGUCAAUGGAAUCAAUCGUAGAAAAUUGUUCUACGAUCAUUGCUAAGCUUUGUGUUACGGGCCCCAGAUCUGGUUUCGGGAGAUUAUAAUUUAUCAAUAAGAAUCCGCAUCACUAUAUAAUCUUAUAAAUCAUACAAUCACAUCAUUUUUUUAGCCGGGAUUAGAAUAAUUACAAACACUUUUUACCUUUUAAACAGGACAAAGGCGCUUUAUAAUUCUUUUAAUAGUAUCUCCUGCUGUUAGAAAUUAUUAGUUUUCUUCGAUAAGGUAUACCAUUGAUGACAAAUUUAAUAGCAAUUGGUUCUACCAUGGUAGUUUUUAUUCAUAAUCAUUCAUUUAUCAAGUAUAUGAAAGUUGCAAUUGAAACUUAACCCUAACUAGACAGACGCCCUCCCUCAACAUUUGAAAUGCUUGGAAUGGAAUCCUCCUAGGUUUCAAAACAUUAUCUAUGCAAUUUUGUACAUGCGCGCCAAUUUUCAGGACGAUCGCACGGUCAAUGGCCAAGAUCAGACACUCCUCGGCUUAAUAAGCUAUCGGAAAACCUCGGCCAACUUAGGAUUAAAAUUACAAGAAAUGGUAAGUCUUGUGACUCCUUCCAUUUUAGUUUUUGUUAGGGUCGUGUGUUUUUGUAAGUCACAUUUUUCAUACCUGGCGUUGCUGUCAGGCCUAUAUUCAUAUCAAACAAGUUCGAUGGGGGGGGGGGGUGCGCCUAAAGUUGUGCCUAACAAAAUAUUUGUAUCUAUGUGAUGAUUAUGAUGAUUGCAUAUCCCUUGCAGAAUGAGUUAUCAAAGUAACAACAAAAACCAAAAUGCUGAGAAAAACAACGACCAAAAAAAAACCACGAAAAAGAUCAGGUUUAUUUACAAUAUUAGUAUUUUUAUUUUGUAAAUAAACAAUAUACAUGCAUAUAGGUAGAAAUAUAUAAGUAUACAGAUUGAAUCACAAGGAAAAGAAAAAAUGCAUGACGAUCGAUUAGCAAAGCAUCCUCUGUUUUUUUUCUUAUACAUUCUCACCUUG